AGUGAACACGUGGCAACUCUGUCUGCAACAGAGAGCAGAGAGAGACGAACACGAGAGAACGUGAAGAGAAGAAUCUCACCACUUCAUCAUCAUCAUCAUCAUCAUCAUCAUCAUCACCGAUUCAGAUUCAAAUCUUCUCGGAGGAACACUCUUCACACAACGCCAAAAGCUACAAACAAUGGCGGCGGAUCCAAACCCCAAGAAAUUCCCCGUCCUCUCCUACGUCUUAGCUCGUCUCCCUUCUUUCACCCCCACCAAAUCCUCUUCCUCCCCUCCCGCCUUCGAUGUCGAGCAACCACCACCACCGUCGAUCGAGAUCGUCACGCAGAUGCCUCACCUAGCCGAGCCUGGCGUCCUCGACUCCAUGACCAAAGCCAUCACGGACGUCGCCGAGACCCGAUCCGUCCUCCGAACCCUAGGGCCGAGACCCGACCACGAGGCCGUCGACAAGGCGCGCGCCAGGCUCUCGGAGAUCGAGGGGAUGCUGUCGGAGUCCUUCGAGGAGGUCACGCUGGACGAGGCGGCGGGGAAAGACGAGGAGAAGAGGCGGGAGAUGGAUCAGGAGAAGACGUGGUGCGAGUCGAUUCUGAAGCUGGACGAGGUUCACGGAUCUUACGAGAAGAUGUUGAGUGAUGCGGAGGAGAGGCUGGUGAGGAUUUAUGAGUUCGCGGAGAAGAAGAAGAAGGCGGAGGAAGGUGAAGGUGAGGGUAGUGGGGUUGCUACGGAGGAGGAGGUUAAUGAGGAGGUUGUGGGGAUAUUGCAGGAGGCGAUGGGUAAUCCGGUGGAGAGAGUUGAUUUGUCUGGGAGGAAGCUGAGUUUGCUCCCCGAGGCGUUUGGGAGGAUUCAAGGGUUACUUGUUCUUAAUCUCUCCAACAAUCUGCUCCAGGGUAUUCCUGAUUCGAUAGCAGGAUUGCAUGGUCUUGUUGAAUUAGAUGUCUCCGGUAAUCUUCUGGAGACAUUACCAGAUUCUAUCGGUCUACUUUCAAACUUGAAGAUUCUGAAUGUCUCGACUAACAAGCUCACCGCCUUGCCUGAUUCCAUCUGCCGUUGCGGGUCGUUGGUUGUGUUGGACGCGAGCUUCAACCGUCUCACCUACUUACCAACCAACAUCGGAUUCGAACUAGUGAACCUAGAAAAGCUCAUGAUCCAAUACAACAAGAUCCGAUCCUUGCCUAGCAGUAUAGGCGAAAUGAGAUCCCUAAGUUACCUCGACGCCCACUUCAACGAACUGCACGGCCUACCUGACUCUUUCGUCUUGCUCACAAACCUAGAGUACUUAAACCUAAGCAGUAACUUCAGCGACCUCAAGGAUCUCCCUUCCUCAUUCGGCGACCUCAUAAGCCUCCAGAAACUGGACUUGAGUAACAACCAAAUCCACUCCCUCCCAGACACUUUCGGCACUCUCGAGAGCCUGGUGGAACUGAACGUGGACCAGAAUCCGCUCGUGGUCCCACCAUUGGAAGUGGUGAAGGAAGGUGUGGAGGCUGUGAAGAUGUAUAUGGGUAAGAGAAGGAUCACUAUGUUGGAAGAAGAAGAGAGGAGGAGAUUGGAGGAGGAGAUGGAGCAGGCGAACGCAGGGUGGAUCACACGAACCACCUCGAAGCUGAAAUCUUAUGUCUCAGAUGUUUCUGAGUAUCUCAAUCCGACUUCUCCCCGAGACCCUUACCUUGAGAGAGAACUAUGAAUGUGACUUUGGCUUUGAAAAAACGAUUCUGCUCUCCUUUUGGCUGGUUUUGUCUCAUUAUCUCUCUUUUCAGUCAGUAUAUAAUGAAGGGUUCUCUCUUCGUUACGUUUGUGAUUCUUCUGGCAGGUUAUACCUGUCAUUUAACUUGGGUUCAUUCUUAAGAUGAACCUUCUUGGAUUUUGCCGGUUUUUAAAGAAAAAACAAAUGUUUUAUGGGUUAAUAAAAGCUCAAAGGAGUUUAACUGA